GUUGGACGGUUUGCUUUUCAUUCUGAUUUUGCAGAUGAUGUGAAGAGCUGGUGGAUUUGGGGCUAUUGGUCUUCACCAAUGAUGUAUGCUAUAAAUGCGAUUCUUGUUAAUGAAUUUAAAGGAAAGAGCUGGAGACAUUUUGCCCCGAAUGGCACUGAACCACUUGGUGAUGUAGUUGUGAGAUCAAGAGGAUUCUUCGCAGAAGCUAAAUGGUAUUGGAUAGGUCUCGGGGCACUUUGCGGGUUCAUGUUUCUCUUCAAUAUCUGCUACACUCUAGCUCUCCAAUAUCUUAACCCGUUUGGCAAGCCCCAAGCCCUUAUAUCAGAUGAUGAUGGCAACGGAACUAGUUCUAUCCAAAAUAAUACUCAACCAACAUCCCAAGUUGGUACUACUGGCGGAGCUGCUACACUAAGCGAUACCUCAAUGACACAAAAACGGGGAAUGGUUCUUCCAUUCGAGCCCCAUUCCCUCACGUUUGACAAUGUUGUGUACUCUGUCGACAUGCCUCAGGAAAUGAAAGCUCAGGGUGCUACCGAGGAUAGAUUGGUGCUUCUAAAGGGUGUGAGUGGAGCCUUCAGACCUGGUGUUCUCACUGCUUUGAUGGGUGUUAGUGGGGCCGGGAAAACAACCCUUAUGGAUGUCUUGGCGGGAAGAAAAACUGGUGGAUACAUUGAUGGAGACAUUAAAACUUCUGGGUAUCCGAAGAAACAAGAGACUUUUGCCCGAAUUUCAGGUUAUUGUGAACAGAAUGACAUCCAUUCUCCCUUUGUCACUGUUCACGAAUCACUAGUUUACUCAGCUUGGCUACGUUUACCAGAGGGUGUGGAUGGUAAUGCUAGAGAGAUGUUUGUUGAAGAAGUAAUGGAACUAGUUGAGCUGAAUCCAUUGAGGUCAGCCCUUGUUGGGUUGCCCGGGGUUAACGGUCUCUCAACCGAACAACGCAAAAGGCUAACAAUAGCAGUUGAGUUAGUGGCCAACCCGUCAAUCAUAUUCAUGGACGAGCCAACUUCAGGUCUAGACGCCAGAGCUGCUGCAAUUGUGAUGAGAACUGUGAGGAACACUGUUGACACUGGCAGAAAUGUUGUCUGCACCAUUCAUCAGCCCAGCAUCGACAUUUUUGAAGCUUUCGAUGAGCUCUUUCUAAUGAAGAGAGGAGGACAAGAGAUCUAUGUGGGCCAAUUGGGCCGCAAUUCAUGUCAUUUGAUCAAGUAUUUUGAGUCAAUUCACGGAGUGGCAAAAAUCAAAGACGGAUACAACCCAGCAACAUGGAUGUUGGAAGUGUCAGCUUCAGCUCAAGAAAUGUUACUAGGGGUUGAUUUCUCUGAUAUCUAUAAGAACUCAGACCUCUUCAGAAGAAACAAAGCUUUGAUAACUGAACUCAGCUCACCUCUCCCUGGUUCCAAGGACUUGUAUUUCCCAACAGAAUAUUCACAGAGUUUCUGGAUCCAAUUCCUGGCAUGUCUGUGGAAGCAACACCUGUCGUACUGGCGUAACACAUCUUACACUGCAGUUAGGUUCCUCUACACAGCCGUAAUAGCAUUGGCUUUUGGGACAAUGUUCUGGGACCUUGGUACCAAAACUGAAAGAAGGCAAGAUUUGUUUAAUGCUAUGGGGUCCAUGUAUGCCGCAAUUCUCUUCCUAGGUGUGGAAUACUCUUCUGCAGUUCAGCCAGUGGUCGUGGUUGAACGCACAGUGUUCUAUAGGGAGAAGGCAGCAAGAAUGUAUUCUGCAUUGCCGUAUGCCUUUGGGCAAGUUGUUAUUGAAAUUCCUUACAUUAUUUCACAAUCAGCAAUUUACAGUGUGAUCGUUUAUGCGAUGAUUGGAUUUGAAUGGACCGCGGCUAAAUUCUUUUGGUACUUUUUCAUGAUGUUCUUCUCAUUGCUAUACUUCUCAUUCUACGGGAUGAUGUCUGUCGCUGUUACCCCCAAUGAGAGCAUUGCAGCCAUCGUCGCAGUCUUCUUCUAUUGUGCAUGGGAUCUCUUCUCCGGAUUCAUCAUUCCACGACCAAGCAUGCCUGUGUGGUGGAGAUGGUACUUCUGGGCGUGCCCGGUGGCAUGGACAAUGUACGGAUUGGUGGUGUCACAAUUUGGAGAUAUUGACGACAAAAUGAGCGACUCUGAUCAGACUGUGAAGCAGUUCCUGGAAGAUUACUUUGGGUAUAAACACGAUUUUCUUGGAGUGGUUGCGGCUGUGAUUGUUGCGUUCCCGGUCGUCUUCGGAUUCACUUUCGCCUUUGCCAUUAAGGCAUUCAAUUUCCAGAGCAGGUAGGUAUAUAUGUUCUUACCCCAGUUUAAACAGUGUGACAUAUUCUCUGGUGGAGGAGCUAAUAAAUUUUGUAUGGAUGCUUGGGAACUUUAUUGUUAUAUAUUUACUUUCAAGUCCUCUUCAUGUAAUAAGUCUUAAGAUUCAAUGGGUCUCCUCUCCUAUGUAUGUUCAACCACAGAAGAGCUCUUGACAUGGAGUUUUUCUGGCCCU